UAUGGAAACCACGCCAACGGAUUCAGGAACUACAAGUUCGGACUCACAAACAACAACUUCCGGAACCCAAAGUCCAACGACACCGUUGGACAUGGAAACAACUCUAACAGAUUCAGCAACGACUGGGGCAGACUCACAGACAACUGCUUCCGGAACUCAGAGCCCAACGACACCAGCGGACAUGGAAACCACGCCAACGGAUUCUGGAAUCACAAGCUCGGACUCACAAACAACUGCUUCCGGAACUCAAGGUCCAACGACACCUUCGGACAUGGAAACCACGCCAACGGAUUCAGUAACAAGCUCGGACUCACAAACAACAGCCUCUGGAACUCAAGGUCCAACGACACCGUCGGACAUGGAAACAACUCCAACAGAUUCAGCAACGACUGGUGCAGACUCACAGACAACUGCUUCCGGAACUCAGAGCCCAACGACACCAUCGGACAUGGAAACCACGCCAACGGAUUCUGGAACCACAAGCUCGGACUCACAAACGACUACUUCUGGAACUCAAGAUCCAACGAUACCGGACAUGGAAACAACGCCAACGGAUUCAGUAACAAGCUCGGACUCACAAACAACAGCCUCUGGAACUCAAGGUCCAACGACACCGUCGGAUUUGGAAACAACUCCAACAGAUUCAGCAACGACUGGUGCAGACUCACAGACAACUGCUUCAGGUACUCAGAGCCCAACGACACCAUCGGACAUGGAAACCACGCCAACGGAUUCUGGAAUCACAAGCUCGGACUCACAAACAUCUGCUUCCGGAACUCAAGAUCCAACGACACCGUCGGACAUGGAAACCACGCCAACGGAUUCAGUAACAAGCUUGGACUCACAAACAACAGCCUCUGGAACUCAAGGUCCAACGACACCGUCGGAUUUGGAAACAACUCCAACAGAUUCAGCAACGACUGGUGCAGACUCACAGACAACUGCUUCCGGUACUCAGAGCCCAACAACACCAUCAGAUAUGGAAACUACGCCUACGGAUUCAGGAACCACAAUCUCGGACUCACAAACGACUGCUUCUGGAACUCAAGAUCCAACGACACCAUCGGACAUGGAAACCACGCCAACGGAUUCUGGAACCACAAGCUCGGACUCACAAACAACAGCCUCCGGAACUCAAGGUCCAACGACACCAUCGGACAUGGAAACCACGCCAACCGAUUCAGGAACCACAAGCUCGGACUCACAAACAACAGUCUCCGGAACUCAGGGUCCAACCACAUCAUUGGAUAUGGAAACCACGCCUACUGAUUCUGGGACCACAAGCUUGGACUUACAAACAACAGCCUCCGGAACUCAAGGUCCAACAACACCGUCGGACAUGGAAACCACGCCAACCGACUCAGGAACCACAAGCUCGGACUCACAAACAACAGCCUCCGGAACUCAAGGUCCAACAACACUAUCGGAUAUGGAAACUACGCCUACGGAUUCAGGAACCACAAGCUCGGAUACACAAACAACCGGAUCUGUAACUCAGGGUCCAACGACACUGUCGGACAUGGAAACCGCUCCUACGGAUUCAGGAACCACAAUCUCGGACUCACAAACGACUGCUUCUGGAACUCAAGAUCCAACGACACCAUCGGACAUGGAAACCACGCCAACGGAUUCUGGAACCACAAGCUCGGACUCACAAACAACAGCCUCCGGAACUCAAGGUCCAACGACACCAUCGGACAUGGAAACCACGCCAACCGAUUCAGGAACCACAAGCUCGGACUCACAAACAACAGUCUCCGGAACUCAGGGUCCAACCACAUCAUUGGAUAUGGAAACCACGUCUACUGAUUCUGGGACCACAAGCAUGGACUUACAAACAACAGCCUCCGGAACUCAAGGUCCAACAACACCGUCGGACAUGGAAACCACGCCAACCGACUCAGGAACCACAAGCUCGGACUCACAAACAACAGCCUCCGGAACUCAAGGUCCAACAACACUAUCGGAUAUGGAAACUACGCCUACGGAUUCAGGAACCACAAGCUCGGAUACACAAACAACCGGAUCUGUAACUCAGGGUCCAACGACACUGUCGGACAUGGAAACCGCUCCUACGGAUUCAGGAACCACAAGUUCGGAUACACAAACUACUGGUUCCGGAACUCAAGAUCCAACGACACAAUCGGAUAUGGAAUCCACACCAGCAACGCCAACACCGGAUUCUAUUUCAACAACUCAGGCUGAAACAGGAACAACUUCAUCUGACUCAUUUACCAGUAGUUUCAUAACUCCGGCUAGCACAACGACUUGUGAUCCUAACGGGAUAGAGUUCCCACUUUCGCAAGAGGUGUUCCCUCCCAAUGAAGAAGGUACGAUUGUUCCGGACAUAGACGAAGUGUCUCCUACCGAGAAUCCUGUUCGCUGCGUUCUUCCUGGCGAUGGACAAAUUAACUGCAACGGCGCCCAAGGUACCGCUGGGGGCAAAAUGGUUAUACCAGGAUAUAUCAUCCGACUAAGGCAGAAAACGCGGCCAGGAUUAACUCCUAAUCCGGGCUUCGAUGCCAACAUUAAGCUGAGAUUGAAGUACCCGCACUCUUACCGCUUCGAAGCGUUCGCGAGGGGGCCGGCCAAAUGUUGAAGUCAUGUUUAAAGUUCAGAUUGGUAAUUUAGAAGCUGUGAAUGAUUUGG